AUGCUGCUAUCAGCUAUACGGACACCAGCAGCAGCAGCAGCAGCAGCCGCUGUUGCUGCUGCCGCUAGCCCAGUGGCAUCAACUACCGUAGCAGCAGCAAGAACAACAACAACAACAGCAGCAGCAGCAGCUCAGCAGCAGCAGCACCUAAGAUUGGCACUGCAGCGCAGACACUUCAGCAUCUUCGCAGGGUGGAAGGGAGAUGCAGCAGCAGCAGCAGCAACAGCAGCAGGAAAAGAAGCAGCAGCAGGAGCAAAAGAUAAUGCAGCAGCAGCAAGCAAGACCGCUAAAGACACAAUAAGCACUGCAGCAGGAAAUAUUGCUGCAGCAGCAGCAGCAGCAAACCCCAAGGCAGCAAUAAGCAGCAUUAGCCCUUCCUCAUACAUCAGCUCCACAGCAAAACCCAGCAGCAGCAGCAGCAACAACAACAACAACAGCAACAGCAAAAGCAGCAGCGACUGCAGCAGCAGCAAGGGACUCUUUUCCUUCUUCAGAGGCAGCGCAGCAGCAACACCAGCAGCAGCAGCAGCAAAUGCCGCAUCUCCUUCGAAGCUGUUUCCUACAAUUGAGAAGAGCAGCAGCAGCAACAGCAGCAGCAGCAGCAGCGACAGCAGCAGCAGCAGCAAGAAGCGACGUGUCCCCUUGCUGCAGCGGCUUAAGUAUUUUACGUUAGGUUUCUUCACUGCAGGGACUUGCUGCUUGCUGCUGCAGCAGCAGCAACUCGAGAACAGCAGCAGAGCAGCAGCGCAUGCAGCAGCAGAAUUAGCAGCAAGAGUCUCAGCACUAGAGAAUAAAGUUAAGCAGCUGCAGCAGCAGCAACAGCAGCAGCAGCAGCAUCAAAAACAGAAGCAAUAA